GAGGGGUGCAAGGGCGAAUGGAGUGGCUGGCCGGUAUAUGCACGCCGCAGCGGAUAGGAUGCUGCGAGCCCAAGGCGGCAGCAGACAAGGAGGGUCAGCCCCCUGAGAGCAAACCAGGUCAUAGCCGAGCUCUGGAUGAAGGCAAUCCUGCUCAGAGGGUCACACAGCCGGAAAGGUCCAGAACCUUGCAGUCGAAGAGCUCAAAGGAGGAGAAAGUUGGGAUAGGGAUCAUCGUUGCCAUGAACAGCGAAAGGUGCCUCUACGUGCACACGGUUUGCCCUGGAGCCACUUCAGAAGGAAGGUUGAUUGCGGGAGAUAUCCUGUUGAAGAUCGAUGGAAACAAUGUCUACAAGGCACCGGCUACUCGAGUAGCUGACCUGCUUCUCGGCCCUCCAGGUUCAGAAGUUGAGAUUUGGGUACAGAGAGACAUCGGAGAUAUUGUCACACGGUGCUUCCGGAUCAUUCGGGCCAAGACUGACCCGCAGCAAGCGCGGAGUGCGAUGAACAAAGCGUACUUGAACUCGAUGACGAGCAGCAACGACAAGAAGGCUCAAUCCUCAUGAUCCCUCCUGCGGAUACUCUCGCAUUCGUCCCAGCUGAGAGCAUCCAGACGCACGCUUUCCUUCGCAUCUCGUUCGUAUCUGACUUUCAUCAUCUAUCAAUAAAUAUUCCCGCUAGAAUACAAGUUG